UUUAGCAAUGGACAACACGACUGAAGAAUAUCGUACACAAUGGAAACACCAUUUUUUUGAUCACAUGAAAUCGAAAUUACAACCAAGUACCGGACAGACAUGCCAGGAACAUACGAGUCACAUGAGCAAAUUGCCCGAAUUUGAGAGCUUCAAACAACAACGCCGGCAUGCACAGCGCUCCAGCGGUGGGGAUGCAGAUCGAGCGCUCUACGAUAUGCAUUUUCCCGGUCAUAGCAGUCAGGCCGACAGUUAUCGCGGUAAUAGUUACAACGACAACGGCAACUUUAAUCGUCACUACCAGCCCAAAUCGAAACAAGCGCCUGCAUUACCUUCGUCUAGUAACGCUAAUUCACACAAAAUGCAUGGCAUGGAUACCAAUGUGUAUUUAUAUGAAACUGAUUCCAAUAUGGGCGGCGUUGGACCAGGUUCCGAGGAAAGUAAUAAAUCACAGAAGUCUUCAAAAACUGUGGUUAGCAAAAAGAGUUCACAAGACUUACGCAAGAUGGUGAAAUCGCAAUGUAAGCUACACGAAGUGAUUGAUGAGACUUUGAAACAAAUGUGUACCACCGAACCGUUUACUUACUCUGAGAGUGUCAAUGCUAGCACGAAGGAACAGACGGCACAAAUGGGUUUGCAGAAAACACCGGGUUCGUGCAAGCGUUGCACCGAUAAAGUGUAUACACGUUCAAGCCAAAAAGAUGUGAUGACUGAAAUGUCCAAAGGUGAUUUUCUUGAAUGCCGCUCAGGCGAUACGUUAACUAUAUCGGUGGAUGAUGUUGUGAACUCGAAAGUUAUUAAUCCGAUGAUACGUAAAUUGCAACGCAUGUAUCUGAACAACUUGCGCGAAGAGAUGUCACUGAUGGAAGAUUUGGAACGUUUGCCACAUAAAGUAAAUGAAGUUUACAAAGCCACCAUAUUCAAACAGAAAGAAUAAGACGCUGUUCGGUAAUGUUACUUGAAGAAAGUUUCUUGUGGAGAAUGCGUGAA